AUGCCACGGAGAAGAGUGAAUCGCACAGAGAGGCUAGCAAGUCAAGUGCGAAGACGAGAACGUAACACGGAAUUCAUACGCCAACGCCGUGCAAGUUCAGCGCCACACAGCGAAGGAAGCACAAGGAAUGAUGUGGAAGAACGAACGGCCUCGUCCCAUCUGCUGCUGCUGGACGACGCAGUUGGAGCAGACCGGAGUCCCGAACGAGAACAAACAGGUAACGGUGCAGAACCGAUGCAAUGGGCACGUGCGGACAAUCAGCCGACAAGCUAG